UGUCACAGAUAACCUGUACUAUUGUUACGUAUGAUCACUGAUACUCUGCUGCGGAGCAGGUUUUCUUCAGUAUCCUGUAAAUUUUCCUCAGUAACAUAUUCUAGAUUCUCCCUCAGAAGAACCUUUCUUCCUUCGUCAGUUUUGAUUAGCAUCAGGAUUUUGGGAAUGCAUGUUGUUUAAUGGUACUACAUGGAACAAUACCAAUGGCAAUUCUUAAAGUGUUUGAGACAACAAUGAAUUAUUGUACAUGUAUUUAACAAAUUUAAACAACAAGUAAAAGUUGUUUUGAAUAUUAGAUUCCUACAUCAGCAGUGAAAUCUGGUUGUAGUCCUUCAAGAUAUUGUACUUAAUUUUUAACAUAUUUAUUCAGUAAUUAUUUGUAAACAAUUUUAUGUUAAGAGUUGUGAAUUGAACACGUUGUCAUUACAGAACACGACAGGACAUAAGGCUAAAAUGAAUCCAGAAUAUUCUUUAGAAUUUCCAUUGAAAAGUGAAACUGAAGGUGUAUUAUCACUACCUUCUAUAAAUCAAGAAAACAUCAACAUGGCUGCCUUUAGUGGAACCAGUGAUGGAGACUUUUUGUCUCUGGAUCCAUUGAUGGACAUCAAAAUAGAACCAGAGGAAUUCUGUGAGUCUAACGAAGAUGAUGAAUAUUCAUAUGAAAUGAAUUCAACAGUGAAUGAAAAACAUCCACAAACUUGCAAACAGGAAGUAAAACAAGAAAGAAGGAAUAGUCACAAUGGAGAGAAGCCUUUAAGAUCCACUGACUGUGAAAAAGCAUUUUACAAGAAAAUUAAUCUUACAAAUGAUAUCACAAAUCCAACCAGAGAGAAAUUCAUAUGCAACGAAUGUGGGAAAGCAUUUUCCCAGAAAUCAAGUCUUACAAGUCAUAUGAGAAUCCAUACGGGAGAAAAACCUUACAUGUGCAAGGAAUGUGGAAAAGCAUUUUCCCACAAACCAAGUCUUACACUUCACAUGAGAUUACAUACUGGAGGGAAGCCAUUAGUGUGCAAGGAAUGUGGGAAAGCAUUUUCCCAGAAAUCAAGUCUUACAGAUCAUAUGAGAUUGCAUACUGGAGAGAAGCCAUUUAUGUGCAAAGAAUGUGGAAAAGCAUUUUCCCGCAAAACACAUCUUACACUUCAUAUGAGAUUGCAUACUGGAGAGAAGCCAUAUAUGUGCAACGAAUGUGGGAAAGCAUUUUCCCAGAAACCACAUCUUACAAGUCAUAUGAGAAUCCAUACAGGAGGAAAGCCACUCAUAUGCAAAGACUGUGGGAAAACAUUUUCCUUGAAACGUAAUCUUAUAGUUCAUAUGAAAAUCCAUACUGGAGAGAAGCCAUUUAUGUGCAAAGAAUGUGGGAAAGCAUUUUCCCGCAAACUACAUCUUACACUUCAUAUGAGAUUGCAUACUGGAGAGAAGCCAUUUAUGUGCAAAGAAUGUGGAAAAGCAUUUUCCCGCAAAACACAUCUUACACUUCAUAUGAGAUUUCAUACUGGAGAGAAGCCAUAUAUGUGCAACGAAUGUGGGAAAGCAUUUUCCCAGAAAUCAAAUCUUACAAGUCAUAUGAGAUUGCAUACGAGAGAGGAAAAAGAAACAAACUACAUGAUAAAAUAAACCAGUUAAGGCAGAGAUCUCUCAAAUGACCAACUAUAUGAGAGACCAAAAUCACUCACAAAAUCUGCGCAAGAAAAUAUGGAAAAUAAAGAAAAAAUACAGAAUAGGGGAUGAACAAAUGAGUGGAAAACUGGCAGAACACCAAGCCAAUAUAAAGGCCCUAGCUUCACAAAUAGGAAACAAACAACAGAAGAUAAAAGUAAAACACAUAAAUAGGCAGUUUGUGAAAAUCCAAAGAUUGUGUAUAGGAAGAUUACGAAAGAGAGUGGAGGUACGAACACCACCAAGCAAGGAAGACCUUGAGAGAUUUCGAAGCCACUGUUUGAAGACUCUAGACAACACCAAGAGAAUUUAUGGAUUGACACCGUUAGGCAGAAGAACAGUCAGAAACAGCAAAUGCCACCAAUAAGGUUCACCAUCGAAAAAGUAUCAAAGAAAAUAAAAGACUAUAAUAAUUUCAAGAUAACAGUAAUAUGGCUUGGAUAGAUUACAAGAAGGCAUUUGACACCGUGCCGUGCACUGGGAUAUUCAAAUGUAUGGAAUUAGACAACAUCAAUGAGUAAGUGGAAGACCACUCUCUGUCUAAGGGGAAAGGAUUCCAGAAACUUUGGUGUAAAUAAAAAGAAGAAAUUAUCUCCAGUAUUCUCGCUGUCCUGUUCAUUGCUAAACUUAAGCUCACCAGGAAGGAGGGCCAGAUAGUAAUUCCAGACAUAAAGAUCCAAAGAGGAAUAUUCCAGGGUGACAGCCUCUCACCACUUCUAUCCUGCUUGACCAUAGAUCUACUUAGUAAAAUCUUGAACAACAUUAACACUGGCUAUGACCUAAGUAAAAGCAGAAGCAGGAAAAAGAAUACAAGAGUGAACCACCUGCUCUUCAUGGAUGACCUGAAGUUGUUUGCAGACUCAGAAGAAAAUUGGAAGAACAAGUUAGGAUAGUCCACCAAUUCUCAAAUGACACCUGCAUGGAAUUUGGUUUGGACAAGUGUGCCAAGAGUACAAUAAAGAGAGGGAACAGAGUAACAUCAGAAGGUAUAAAGGUAGAGGAAGGCAUAUUUGUUGAAGACCAAGCAGAGGAGUCUGCAUAUAAGUACUUGGGAAUAGAAAACACUGGUAUAGAACACAAGAAAGUGUGAGAAAAGAUAAAGAAAGAAUACAUCAGCCACAUAAAGAAUUAACACCAAAGAACAAGAUCACUGCCAUAAACCAGCUGGCAAUACCAUUGGUGACAUAUGGUUUUGGCAUUGUGUAGACUGGCCACAAGGUGAGUUAGACAGGAUGGAUAUUAAAACCAGGAAGAUUCUCACCCUGUAUAAAGAGACACCAGUGUAUGGACAGAAUAUAUCUCCUUCACAGAGAAGGAUCAACCAGGCCUACAGAGCACCAAUAGUAAGUAUAGGGCAGUACUUGAAAAGCUCUGAGGACGAAAACAUCAAAAAGGUUGCCCAACACCAUAAUGAAGCCCUGAGCCAACUAACAUCAAUAACAAAACAGGCUAAGAACUUUGCAGAUCUGAUGAAAGACAGAGGAUACCAAACAGACCAACAGCAACAAUAGCCACGAAAACUAAGCAGAAAUACAGUGACAGAGAGGAGAGACUUAAAAUGGAAAGGUAGAAAGACCAUGGAAGGACAGGAAGAUUUCAAGAAGAAUUGGAAAAGUUACAUAGACAAAGAAGAGUCACUUAGAUGGAUAAGUAAUGGAGAUCUAGGUUAUGAUGGAGAGACUGAUAAUAGGAGCCCAAGACCAAGGCCUCCUGACAAACGGCUUCAAGAAAAUGCCAGGCAUAUCAGCAAUUGACCAGUGUAUGUUUUGUCAUGCAGUGGUUGAGAGUGUUAGUCAUCUGAUAUCCGCCUGCAAGACCCUGCUUGCAGAUGGUCACUACACAAGCCCACCACAACAAUUAUGACAAGGAAAUUCCAACAGGAAGAUAUAUAGAAGUAGGUGCUAUGAGACCUGAUAUUGUGAUCUGGAACAAGGAGGAAUAAACAGCAAAGAUUAUAGAUGUGACAGUACCCAGUGACUUUGGCCUCAAUAGAGCUGAAAGGCAUAAAAUAACAAAAUACCAAGAGCUUAAGAAUGACCUGAAAAGCACAUGGGAACUUAAGGAAAUAGAAAAAAAUACCUUUGGUGGUAGGAGCAACAGGAUUUAUGAAGAAAAAUCUGAGAAAAUAUCUUCAGGGUAUACGAAGUUGCCCAGUAUAAAUGAGGUGCAGAUUUCUGCCCUCAAAGCACUCGUAAACACCUUGAAAUGAGCCCUUGGAUAUAAGGCUAGUGGAAUAUAGAGGUGCAACCAUAGACUGCAGGCUGGGGCCCAUUGCACCCGAUAUAAAUUGAAAAUCACGAAUAACAUAGUAAGCCAAAGAGAAACCAUAUAGUUGCUCUAUAUGUCAAAGAAGUUUUUCUCAACCAAGUCCUCUCAAAAGACAAGAGAAUUCACACUAGACAGAAACUGUUUACUUGAUCUCUGUUCAAGUAGUUUUUAUUACAUGAUUUUAUUUAACUUGACUCCUGCGUCUGUUUUGAAUGAAGGUGUCUCAAAUGGUGUGUGAAAACUCAUGCUAGAAAGAAGUCAUAUCCCUUAUCUGCACUUGGUUUCUGAGAAGUCUUUUUUUUCAUUGGGGUUUUUCAUUAGGUUCAUCUUAGAAUGAAUGUGUUAACUCAGAAGAAAGACGAUGUUGAAACAGUUUUUCUCUUAUAGAUUCAUAAUAUAUGUGAGCACUCAUGGAGGAUAGAUAUUAUUCUUUUACACUGCAUGUUGAACUUUUGUCUUGUAUUCUGCAAAUCACAGUCAUUGGUUCUGAAUGCCAGACUUUUUCAGGUGUCAAAAUGCACAAGCAAAGUCACUCAUCAGAGAGGAUGUUCAGUUGCACUGACAGAUUUUUUAAUGUUUUGCACCCCAAAGUAAGUUGCACUUGAUGUGGAGAUAAUUAUUGUGAACUUGUCUGCAAAGUCUAUAGAAAAAAAGUCAAC